CCCUCUCAGUGAUUUCUCUUUCCGCCGGACAACCACCGCUACUUGAUUCCGCCGGACAUGGUAGCGCAACUAAUUUAAACAGCUCUAGAGCUCAAGUCGUGGCUGAUAUUACAUUUCGCUCCCAUACCAUUCUUCUCCGCAACGUAGCCGCCCAAGUCAUCACAAUAAACGUUUUGCUUCAGACUCAUUCUUGCGGCCUUCCCAGGACAUGCGGGACAUUGACAUACAAAUGACUCAAUUGACAGUAUUGUGACUAUUAUUUUAAUAAGCAACAAGGCCUUGACUGCGUAUACUAUACGUCCGGUGAGUCGUUAUAGUGCACGGUAGAAGGUUCUACCGAUAAGCUUGCGAGGCUGAAGUAACCCAAGAGCUCGAUUGUUAGCUUCAAUCUUCUCCUUUCCAACGGGACUAAUGUGCUAUGCCUAAAAGAUCUAUACGGUGAACAAAGCAAAUAUCAAUUGCAUAUACGCAAAGUCCUGACGGUGGACAACUCCUUGAGGAGACGAGCCACGUUAAGAAGAGUAUAAAUUCACCACCCCCACUCCCCUCGCCUCCCCUGUCUCUCUUCUCCUCAUACUCGAACAACUCAAAACAAUCACCUGAAUUGUUCAGCCGAAAUGGCUUGGUACGACUCUUACAUCGGCAAACCAGUCACGGACCUGCCAACUCCAUCUCUCAUCCUCAGCAAACCAACAAUUGAGCGCAAUAUCAGCCAACUCCACCAAGAUGUUAAGAAUUUGGGGAUUGCCUUUCGCCCGCAUGUCAAGACGCUCAAGUCCCUUGAGGUAACCCGCCUCAUGCUCGACAAUGGCCUUUAUCGCAAGAUUGUCGCCUCUACGCUCCCCGAAAUCGAGGGUGCGCUCCCUCUCGUCAAAGAGGGAGUUCUCGAUGAGUGCCUCUACAGCAUGCCCAUCUACCCCAGCGUCCUCCCCCGCCUGGCACAACUCUCCGACACGCUCAAGAUCGUUCUCAUGAUCGACAACGAGCAACAUAUCGACAUUCUCGAACAGUUCCAAGGAACAAGAGCCUCUUGGCCCGUCUUCAUCAAAAUCGACGUUGGCACCCGACGCGCAGGCGUCGUAAAGUCCUCCUCCGUACUCCCGUCUCUCGUUCGCCGCGUAGAGGAGUCUCCCGCUGUCGAGCUGUACGGGUUCUAUUGCCACGCCGGGCACUCUUAUGCGUGUCGGACGAGCGAGGCCGCGGCGAGUGUCCUUAAGGAUGAGGUUGAGGGUGUUGUUAGUGCAUCGAAGUUUUUGUCUAAGAAGGAAUCUGGACGAAAGGUCAUUGUCUCGAUUGGGUCGACGCCGACGGCACAUGUUGUUUCGUCGCUGAGAGAGGUGUUGCCUGAGGGGUUGGAGUUGGAGUUGCAUGCUGGAAACUUCCCCUGCAACGACCUCCAACAAGUCUGCACAGGCCUCAUCCCAGCAACCGCCCAAUCCGUCCGCGUUCUCACAGAAGUCUGCAGCGUCUAUCCCGAGCGCAACGAAGCGCUCAUCAACGCGGGCACAAUCGCACUCUCCAAGGAAACGAGCGAUCUCCCUGGGUACGGCCGCGUAAUCGACAGACCACAGUGGGCUGUUGUACGGACAAGUCAGGAGCAUGGGAUAUUGGGACUCUCGGCCGCACCGGCGCUCUCUGUGCUUGGGGUCAAUAAUAAUGAGGUUGAUACGGAGGAAAAGGCAGAUCAGACGUUUAGGAUUGGGGAUCGCGUGCUGCUUUGGUGCCAGCAUGCUUGUAUUACGGCGUCGGCGUUUCCGGUGUAUUUUGUUGCUGAUGAGAAGGAUAUUGUUAGGGAGGCGUGGGCUCCUUGGAAGGGGUGGUGAGCGUAUUUGGGCAUUUGAGGUGGAGCUAGGAAUGUGAACGGAGUAGACUGUAGUAUAUAAGUGGAGAAUUAUAUUAAAUACUCAAGAAGGCAGACUGGACACGAAGACAAAUGCUAAGCUAAAUAUAACAACCUGGCAGCCAUAACAUGCAAUCAUAACAUAUCAUACGUAAGGAUGAGAGAGAAUCAUUAAGAGGGUAUACAAAACAAUAACGAAAAGGCGUUUCACGUAGCGCAGUCAUGCAUCGGACUUGUUCUUCAUCUUGUUCUUUUUCUCCUUCGUCUCAGGAGUACCAUUCUCCUCUGCCCCAUUGGCAUCAGCACCGGUAGUCUCAGUCUCAGUCUCAGUCUC